CAACUAUCACAUCCGCAGUACGUAAGUGACAAAAUACAUAAAGGUACUCCCGGUUUUAUUAGUACUAACCCAAAAUGAAUUUUCUUGCGGUUGUAUUUUUCUGUGUGUACACAUUUUCACUAAUCGUCACUCCUUCGGCGGUAGAAGGAUCUCCAAGCAGUUUAGAUCGUCAAUAUGGUAUAAGUGGACGUAUUAUUGGUGGAUCAGGGGCACGAGCUGGUCAGUUUCCUUUUGCCGCAGCGAUUUACAUUGAUACUGACGAUGGAAGGUACUUCUGCGGUGGAGCUCUCAUCAGCAACCUAUGGUUGUUAACAGCUGGUCACUGUGUACGAAAUGGAAUUCGCUUCACCAUUCAACUAGGAUCAAACACUUUAAAUUCUCAAGAUUUUAAUAGAGUGACAGUGCGGACCAAUACUUCUUUUCUUCAUCCAGAAUUCGACGAUUUGACUUUGCAGAACGACAUAGGGCUUAUUCAGCUCAAUGAACCUGUUCAAUUUUCUGACUACAUAUCGUCGAUAUUUUUGCCAUCAACCGAUCUACAACCUGAUGCCGCUGUUUAUUCCAUUGGAUGGGGUCAAACCGAUGACUACCAUCCAGGACCCGUGGAUCACUUGAACUACGCCAACGUCUACACAAUGUCUGAUGCUAGCUGCAAAAGUGUCUAUGGUGACCAAAUCUUGGAACAUAUGAUUUGUGUUGAAGGAGAGUACAACCAAGGGACGUGUUUGGGAGAUCUGGGAACACCGCUAGUGCGUUAUGUUUUGAAUCAACAACACGCUGAGCACGUGGGUGUUUCUUCUUUCCUCAGUUCCAAUGGGUGCGAAUCCACUGACCCAUCGGGGUACAUCAAAACCUAUGGGUAUUUGCAGUGGAUUAAAAAUAUAACUGGGCUUCCUUGAAAGUGGAAUUUUAAAUGCUGAAAUAAAGCGAAAAUGAUCUUUAGACGAAAA